AUGUCAGUCACUGGCGACAACAUCCGGGCCAGUUUUCUACGAUCUGGACUGUGGUCGUUAGAUCGACGUCGAGUCCUCAGCGAUCCUCGGCCAGAAUCUGCGAGAUCUGACGCGCACGCGCCUAUUCUUACGGUGGAAGAUUUGGCUGCUUUUAAAGAAAGGAUGGCUAAGAUUAAGGACCAAAUCUUAGGCGCGGAUGCAGUAAUGACAGCAUCUGGAUAUGUAAAUACUUCUAAUUGUUGUGUAGUAACUGCACCACAGGCUCUGGCGUUGGUCCGCAGAAAAGAAAAGGGCAAUGCAUGCAAGCGACGCGCAAAAGAAAUUGAAAGGCUCGAAGUGGAGCUCGCACGCCUGAUAAGACGGUCCCAGCCAGUCAAAAAACAAUCACGUAAUAGGCAUCGCCAUGGACAAGUAGUAAGGAGUGAGCAAAAGGUCAGAAGACGGUCGAUAGUGGAACGUCGAUUGGUGGCAAAGCUCCGUACUUUGCAAGCGAUGCCACUUUGA